AUGCAAGAGGCGGAGGAGAAAUUUAGGGAGUUGUUGGGGAAGCAGAGUAAGACGUUGAAACAGGCCGUGGCGGAGUAUAAGAAGAGGUAUGGGAGAGAUCCACCGGCUGGGUUCGAUAAGUGGUGGGAGUUCGCGGUGGAGAAUGGGGUGAGGUUGGUGGAUGAGUUUGAUGGGCUUUCUGAGGACUUGGAGCCGUUUUGGAGUUUGACUGGUGAGGAGUUUAGGGAGAGGGCGGCCGAGGCUGGUCAACUCUCAUCAAUAGACAUGGUUCAAAUACGGAACGGACAAGCAGAGGCAUAUAAUGCCAAGCCGGAGUACGAAGACGACGAUAUCAGUAUGCGAGGACGCGGUUUCCUGUUGAUGAUUCGGAAAUUUGAGCAUCUGCUUCCAGAUAUGUAUCUCCCGGUGAACGCACGGUCGGAAGGACGAGUAUUGGUCCCAUGGGAGCUUCGUCAAAAUCCAAAUAUUACGCUGGAAGACCUCGUAGGCGACAACUCAAUAUCCUCUUCUCUCUAUACUGCCGACUGGCAAGGCCACGGCAACGUCUGGGAAGCCUACCGCCGCAUCUGUCCCCCGACCUCCCCGGCCCGCCGCCUCAUCUCCUCCAAACGCACCCCCUCCAGAUCGCCCACACCCUACUUCGCCUCUCCCUAUCCCGCCACUCCCGGCCCCGACUUCAAAUUCGCACGAACGGUCGACGGCUCUCUCGACAUCAACUACUUCUGCGAGAACCCGUGGGCGCACCUCAAUCAAGGACUUUUCUUCAGCGAUUGGCGGACGGUGCCGAUUUUGUAUCCGAUUCUGUCGCCGGCGAAGGCGGAGGGUUUUGGCGAUGUGAGGAUACCGAGCCAUUAUUAUUAUGGGACGACCAGGAGGUAUACGUAUGCGUGGGACGAGGUCACGUUGGAUAUGAGGGCGUUGGACAGUAUGGAGAUGCCGUGGGAGAUGAAGGAUGAGAAGAUGUUUUGGAGGGGGGCGACGACGGGUGGUGGGAGUAGUCCUCCGGGCUUUGCGGCGGGGUAUCAUAGGCAUCGAUUGGUGCGCAUGGCGAGCGACGAUACCCCCAAAAACCGAACCGUCGUCUUCGCCGACCCACCCUCCUCCUCGAACUACAUCUUCACCAAGAUCCCAACUUCAUCGCUCAACAACGACAUCAUGGACGUCGCCUUCGUCACGUCCGUCGACAGCACGCAUUACCCCGGCGGGCUUGCGCAAGAGCAGGCCGAUCACAGGUUCGACGACGCGGCGCUGCUGAGGGAUUAUUGGGCGCAUAAGUAUGUUCUGGAUUUGGAUGGGGCGAGCUAUUCGGGCAAGUUUUUCGCGUAUCUGGCGAGCGAUAGUGCGGUUGUGAAGGCGAGUGUUUAUAAGGAGUUUUGGAGCGAUUGGUUGGUGCCUUGGUUGCACUAUAUCCCGCUCUCGUCCUCGUACAAAGAGAUCUACAAUAUCCACUCGUUCUUCUCCGGUCCUUCAGAAUCUGCCCUUCUCGCCUCGAACUCUUCCGCGUUGGAGCUACCACCAGCACAACGGAAGUCGUUGGAUGGAGAUAGGAAGCUUCGAAGGAUAGCGAGGGCGGGGAAGCAGUGGAAGAAGACCAUCGGGAGGCAGGUCGACAUGGAGGCAUAUGUUUAUAGAUUAUGUCUGGAGUAUGCGAGGCUGUGGGCGGAUGACCGCGAGGCGGCCAGUUUCACGCUAUAG